AGCGACCAUUCCGUUCACUUCUCCACCCCCGUACACGCGCUGCCCUUCCCUUCCCUCCCUCCUAACCUUCCUCCCGCACUCCCUUACCUCAACCCUUCCUAGAUCCUCCUCCUCCACUACACACCGCCGGGAUACCUCCUCCUCCUCCUCCUCCAAGUAUUCGAGUAUUAGGAGUGAGUGAGUGAGUGACUUGAGUUUUGUGUGCCGUUGAAAAAGUGGAUUAUUGGAAAAAGAUCUCCGCAGCAAUGCACUAAACUUAUAUUCUAAGGAACCAAAGAAAGGAUUGGUCGUAACGAGAUAACACGAGUGAUUUAACUAGAUAUAAAGGGAAGCCAGAGGAGAGUGACCGCUAUAGUGUUUUAGAACCACUGUAAAUAUUGGUGCUGCAUGUGAUAACGAUAAUGAAAAGUAGUGAAGGACGCGUAGGAAUCGGAAGGAACAGAAGAAUGGAAACAAGGAAAUUCCGCCAGAGACAAAAGAGGUAGUGGGAACCUUGCCCCGCGGAGUGCCUGAGGAAAGCAUCGCUCGGACCAGCGGCGGGGAGGCACACGUAAUUGUUCCUGCGACCCUUGAAGACAACGCCGCCGGGAUGAAAACAAGGAAGCUGCGCGCGAGACAAAAGAGAUAGGAGCACAGACACGAGGAGCGCCUUACAGGGACACACAGCAGCACCAGCAGGCGCCGCAGAGAGGCAGCGGCACCUGUUAUAAGUCAUCACUUGACUCGCGCUGCGCCGGGAUGAAAACAAGGAAGCCGAAACACGCGAGCUGAGAACACAGACGCUCAAACCACUUGGGGAACACAACGCGGCAGCGGAAGCAGCAUUGAGUCUCGUUCCCUUGGUCGCCUGUGCACGCCCACGCCGCCAAGAUGCCGCAGAGCCCCAUCUCGCGCACCGAGGGCGGCUCCGUGUCGGCUAUCAAGAACUUCCUCUUCGGCGGCGGCGGCGUGCUGGAGCCCGAGGCGGCGGAGGGCGAGGGCCGGCGGGCCGGCAAGACGCAGCUGUUCAAGGUGCAGAUUCUGCGCUCGCAGGUGUUCAGGCCGCAGGCGCUCAAGUCGCAGCUCAUCAAGACCAAGAUCCAGCGAGCCUUCGAGUACAAAGUGACGGUGGACGACAACUUCCCCAACAACCUCAGGCCGGGCGUGAGCGACGCCCACCCCUACCCCCACAAUGGCGCCCAGUCCUCGCUGCUGCCCAAGCAGAACAAUGGCGCCGCCCCCACCCUCUGCAUGGAGAGCAAGGCGCUGCCGCAGUACGCAUCCACGCCCAACCUGUCGUGUGACCUUCAGGAGGCGGGGCGCGGCGGGUACCGCGGCGCGGGGGCGGCGGGCACGGGCACGCUGCCCAGAAAUCUGCAUAUCGCCCGGACCCACCGCCGCCUCCCCGCAGCCUCCACGCCGGCGCCGCCCUCCUCCUCGUCCUCCUCCUCGUCCUCCUCGUCCUCCUCCGCCGCCCACUCCACCAGCACAACGCUGGACUCCGGCUUCCACUCUGACGCCGCCGCAACGGACUCUGAGGGCCAGGCGGCGCGGCUGCUGCCCCCGGCCUGCCCCGUGUUCAGGCGAAGCAGCUGGGACGUAACGCCGUCGGCUCAGGGGCCGCCGGUGCCGCCGCCCAAGGGGGGUCGGCGGGGGGGGCGGCAGGUGAGCAGCGUCAUCCUCAAGAUCGAGAAAGGCCUCUUCGCCACGCCGGCCAAAGACAACAACAGUGACAAGCCUCCGCGUGGGCGGGACAGGCGGCCCAUUGACCCUGCCGCGGCCACCCUGCCCCUGCCGCCCUCCACCCCCCCGCCGCCCCCUCCGCCCGGCGGCAGCGGCUCCGAGGAGGAGGGCAGCGAUGAGGAGGCCGCGGCUGACUGGAAGACGGCCUCCGCCAGCCCCGGCGGGACCUUCCUGGCGAGGUGCGUCAAGAUCCAUGACCUAAGUAACCAUGAGGGCGGUGAGGAACCUCGUGACGUUAACUCUCCGCGGCACCUCCCGGAGAGACGAGAGAGCGGGCGCUUCCCUUCUGCCGCGCGACUCCUGCGAUCCCUUGGCCGGAGCGCGCGGGACGACACAAGCGGAGGAGGAGCGAGAGCCAGGGAUGGUUCUGAUGCUAGGCUAUCCCGCUCCAACCCAAGCUACCACUCCGAGGGCAAGGGACUGAAGAAGAAGAACAACUGGACAUCAGAACGCGAGCUGAACCACUCCAUGAGCCCGACGCAGAAGGAAAGGAGUCACAGCUUUUGCGAGAAGGGGAACAGCGCCUCGAAGCGUCGCUACUCCUACCACGACAACAAAACGCUGCGGGAUGAAGCUCGCGGGCGGCUGGAGCGGCAGGAAAGUAGCCCAAGUGGGACCUCUUUGGCAUCCCCGGUCUCAUCCACCCUUGACCAGUCUUCCACGUCAUCCAUCACGCCCCUGUCCUCCCCGCAGCAGCUCUCAGCAUCCACGGUAGCCUCAUCCACGCCUCCACCAUCAGUCCCAUCCCCAGAGGCCUUAUCCACCUCAUCCCCAUCCUCCUCCUCGUCCUCCUCCACCACCCCAACCCUCCCGAAGUCGGUUUCCUCGCGCCCGCCUUCUCCUGACGCAUCGCCGACGGAGAACAUCUACGAGAACCUCCCGCCGCGUAAGGCAAAGAGUGACGCCGUGAACGCUGAUGGCACGGGAGGCGAGGGCGGGCACGGGCGGGUUAUGGAACGAGGAGAGCGUGAGAGGAGGUCAUCCAGAAAGCUCACCAAGGACUCGGGUUAUGAGACAUCGCCGUAUAGUGAGAGCGACUACGCGAACAUUGACUUGUAUUCCGAAGUGGAGGUGACGGGCGAGGUUGACGGUGACGGCGAUGACGUGACUUUAGCGCCGGAGUCUGAGCUUGCCUCCCCGCCCUCGCCCUGUCCCCCGUCCUCCGCCCACCCCGACUCCUGCUCCUCCCCCUCCGCGGCACCCGUUUCCAGCCCCCCACCGCCGCCGCCCCGCCCACACCCAGCAGGAAUAAGGUGAGUACUGUUCAUGUUUGCUGUUCUCAUGUCUGUUUUAUUCACGUGAGUUUCCAGAGUGCUUGAAU